AGUCGAUCUGUAUAUCCCUAAAACUUGCACGUGUAUGAACAUUGCCGUUUGUUUACAUCUACGAAGCUGGUUGAUUUUUUUAAUUGCUCCUGAUUUUGAAUUAAAUUCUUAAAAAAUAUGAAGUUCUCAUACAAGUUUUCCAAUUUACUAGGCACCAUAUACAGAAGAGGCAAUGUCCUGUUCACUCCUGAUGGAAAUUCCAUUAUUACCCCGGUGGGCAAUCGUUUAACGCUAUAUGAUCUGAAAAACAACAAAGCCCGCACUCUGUCCCUGGCAUCGAACUAUAAUUACAGAAGUUUGGCUUUGUCACCGGAUGGCAGUCUUCUACUGGCCGUCAAUGAAAAUCAUGAGGCCCAAUUGAUAAGCAUGGUAUCCUGUACGGUUAUACAUACCCAUAAGUUCCAACAUGAUGUCCGCUGUGUGGUAUUCAGUCCCAGUGGUGCCCAUUUUGCUGUGGCCAUGCAAAAUUUAGUAUUUAUUUUCAAAGCUCCCGGAGAAUUGACUGGAGAAUAUAAUCCAUUUGUAUUGGAGAGACAUUUUCUCGGUGGAUUCGAUGAUGUUACCUAUUUGGAUUGGUCCACCGAUUCGAGAUUUUUAAUUGUCGGUUGCCGUGAUAAUUCCACCAAAGUUAUAUCCAUAUAUUUUAUGAAACAUUUUCGUACAUUUGUAUUGGGUGGCCACACAGAUUCCAUAGUGGCCUGUUUCUUUGAAAAUAAUAGCUUAGAUGCAAAUACUUUGUCACGGAAUGGUCAGUUGUGUUUGUGGGAAUGUAGCCGAGAUAUGUCUUCAAUUGAACGAGUGGAGGAACAUGAGAGACAGCAGUACUUGUCUUAUAUGACAAAAAAACGUUUGAAGGCCGCUAAAAAGGUGGCCGAUGACUCGGAAGAGGAAGAAGAUGAUGUAGAGAAUACAUUGGAGAAACGUAAUCCCACGGCCGAGGAGCUGUUGCAGGCUGGGAAAGUUGUCGACGACAAUGAAGUGGAAGAUGAAGACAUUAAAAGGGGACAUCCUUUUUAUUACAAAAAGCUGGGACGUUACUAUUUGGCCGAUGAUCCACGUAAAGAAAAGUAUGAUGCAGUACUUACGGCAGCCCAUUAUAAUCGUAAAACCAAAAUUAUGGUGGUUGGUUUUAGCACGGGAGCAUUUUACCUUUAUGAAUUGCCUGAAGUUAAUAUGAUACAUUCGUUGAGUAUAUCGGAUUAUGCUAUAUCGGCGGCAUUGUUUAACAACACUGGAGAUUGGGUGGCAUUGGCUUCCAGAGAGCUGGGCCAGUUACUGGUUUGGGAAUGGCAAUCGGAACAGUAUAUUAUGAAGCAACAGGGUCAUAGCAGUGAAAUGACAUGUAUCAGUUAUUCACCGGAUGGCCAAUAUAUUGCCACGGGUGGGGAAGAUUCUAAAGUUAAGUUGUGGAACACACAAAGUGGUUUUUGUUUUGUGACCUUUAGUGAACACAGCAGUGGUGUGACGGAUUUACAAUUCAGUAGAAGCAAAAAGUUUUUGGUCAGUAGUUCUUUGGAUGGUACCGUGAGGGCUUUUGAUAUCAAUAGAUAUCGCAAUUUCCGUACCUUCACCUCACCUCGAGUUGUGCAAUUUUCCUCGGUGGCAGUGGAUUAUUCGGAUGAAUUGGUUGCCGCCGGUGGCCAAGAUGUUUUUGAAAUCUAUUUGUGGUCCAUUAAAAUGGGUACUCUGCUGGAAGUGAUAAGUGGCCACGAGGGUCCCGUCUGCUGCAUUGCCUUUUCGCCAGUACCAACUUCAUCGACUUUGGUCUCUGGUUCCUGGGAUAAAACAAUAAAAGUAUGGAAUUGUUUGGAAUCCAAAUCGGAACAUGAAACUAUUGAUGUUCUCUCGGAUGUCACUUCGGUGGCCUUUAGUCCCAAUGGGGAAAAUGUUGCAGUGGCCACACUGAAUGGCAACAUUUGUGUAUUUGAUGUCAAAACAGCAACUCAAAUUAGUACCAUUGAGGGUAUUAAUGAUUUGAACAGUGGUCGUUUGGAAACUGAUGUCAUUACUGCAAAACAAAAUAAAAAGGGAAAAUACUUUUCAUCCAUUGAAUAUUCCGUGGAUGGUGAGUGCAUAUUGGCCGCCGGAAACUCCAAUGUUAUUUGCAUUUAUCAUGUCAAAGAAGCUAUGCUAUUGAAGAAAUUCGAAAUAACCCAAAAUAAAAGUUUUGAUGGUCUCAAUGAAUUCAUUAAUCGCCGUUAUAUGACCGAAUUUGGUAAUAUGGCACUGGUGGAACAACGAGAAGAGUUGGAAGGCGGCAAUGUGGCCAUACGUCUGCCGGGUGUACAAAAAGGUGAUAUGGCUGCUCGAAAUUUCAAACCUGAAAUGAAAGUAUUUUCGGUGAAAUUUUCACCCACCGGUCAGUCAUUUGCGGCGGCAUGUACCGAGGGGCUGUGUAUCUACAGUUUGGAUAAGGGAGUGGUAUUUGAUCCUUUGGAUUUGUCAUUGGAAGUAACACCCAAGGCAAUUAAGGAGUCGCUGAAAGAAAAAGACUUUUCCAAAGCCUUAAUAAUGGCCCUGAAAUUAAAUGAAACAAAUAUGAUUAAUUUGGCUCUGGAGAGUAUCCCGUACAUUGAUAUACAAUUAAUUUGCUCCACAUUACCUGAUCACUUGGCCCAUCGUUUGCUACAGGUCAUUGCACGUCAACUACAAACCUCACCCCACAUUGAAUUCUAUUUGAAAUGGUCAUGCAGUCUACUGUUGACCCAUGGCAAUAGAGACGGUGUCUUUCAGCAUGCCUCACUGUUGUCACUGCAUGAAUCUCUGUCGCGUAAAUAUGAAACGUUGAAUAGAAUUUGUGAUUUCAAUAAGUAUACCAUGCGUGUCCUCCUGAACACCGCCAAGAAUCAGUAUAGCAAAAAUCCCCAAUUAAAGGAUGCCUCUUCGGAUCAAGAAAUGAAUGAAGGUGAGGGGAAUGAUGAUGACGACGAUGAUGGCUUGCUGCUUAUCCGAUCAAAAUCAAACGAUAAGGCAGAAUUUGAGGAAGAUGAUAGCAGUGAAGAUGAUGACGACGACGACGAUGAUGAUGACGAAUGAAAUUUUGUAAUUUAGUUAGGUUAGGUUGUAAGCAUUAUAUUUUUACAAAUAUUUUGAUAGAAGAAAUUGUUGU